AUGCCAUUUUGUGAAAAUCCACUGCCAAGGGCGAGCUCUCAUAAUUGCGAAGAGCUAAGGAAACAGAUUUGUCCCCAAUGCUACAUCAGAAUAUACCGUGAAAGAGCUGGAAAACCUGGAAGAGCAUACAAGAUGUAUAAGAACAUGUUAUGCGCUAAUUUGAUGUGUCGACAGCUGAUAUUGAAUGAAAAACCGCAAAGUGUUCUUCAUGUUGGCAGGAUUUGUGGGUCUUGUCACAAUAAUUAUAAACUGUACCUGCAAAACUACACGGCUGCUCCAGUUCCCGUUUUCUUGAGACCGGUGCCACAAAUUAUGUCGCCAGCACUACAAAUGAGGGAUACAGUGAUCCGGAGCACCAGAAAAUCGUUUCGGAGCAGUUUCACAAUAGAGGAAUUGCUGAAACCGAAUUAA